AUGUUGAAGCCUUCCCACAACUCAGAGAUUGAACGUGGACAGGUAGUAGAAGAGAGGAGUCCCUCCAGGACGCACUUAUCUGUGUGUGACGAGGAGGGCAGAAGGCUUGCAAUCGAAGACUACUGUACCCUGAUUCGCGGCUUAGGCCAACUCGACUAUGGUAAUAAGACAGACGUAUUCGUAUGUGCUGUUGCACAAGUCGCUGGGAGCCGGAGAAGAGGCAAGGCCAGUUGA